AUGCCCUCUCCAUUAAUUACUUAGUAUAUUUCACCAGAUAGUCCAGAAUUUAAGGAGUUCGAUCUAUUCCUAUAAGAAAAUUUUGCUCAAGCUAAUAGUAAAAAUCUGUGUGUUUAAUGCUGGUGCUUAUGCAACAGAUAUCAAUUGGAUGCUUUUAUUAAUCUAGCUUAGCAAUGUGGGAGAUAUAAGGACGAUAAGCAAUUGAAGAAAAGACUAUUCGAAAAGAUAACUGCUCAUACUGAUUUCCUGCAUUCAACAUCUGCUGUUUUAACUUCUUGCACAAAUUCAUAUAGACAAGAAGGAAAUCAAGCUAUCAAUCAGAUUAUUAAUAGUGGAGUCGGACUUUACUAGCUGAACCCAGAGGAAAUGAUGAUGCCAAAUCCAAGAAUUAUAGCAAACCUUAUACCCAAUUUCAAUGCAAGUAACUCAAAUUCUGAUAAUGUAAAUAUCAACAACUUUAACAAUUAAGACUUGGGAGGGAAUUUUAUCAGAGAUCAGAAAAAUUAAAACACAAAAAGUCUAUUGAAAAAGAGACCUUUUUAAAAUUCGACAAUAAACUCUUCUUAAGAGUAUUAUUCAGAUUAUGAUGAUGAUUAGAAUUACAAUGGAUCAAAUUCAAAGUCUUUGAAAAGAUUGUAUAACAUUGUAUUAAAAAAUUAAAGAGAUAACGAGUCUACCUUUGACUAAAUAGAAAAAGAGCAAUAAUUACUAAGAAAUAUGUGCACUUAAAUUAAAUCAAGUCUUGAUAUGGUUUUAGAUUCAUUGAUAAACUCAUCUUCCCAAUAAAUAUAAAUCAACAGUAGUAUUAUUAAAAACAAUAGAUUAGAUAAGGCAAAGGUUCAAAAUUGA